AACACGUCACAUGAGACUUUGAAUUGUGGCAAUGAAAAAAUCAAUCAUUUCAUUACUUGUUAUUGGUAAUGAUACACGCCUACAGUCCUGAAACGCAAUCAUUAAUGAUAGAACGUCUGGAGGAGUAAGAGAUAUUUACAUAAGAUACAUUUGAGGAGUCAUCCAAGAUGAUGACCAAGGUCAAGACGCAGGGCCUGGUCACAGACCUGAUGCCCUGCAUAAGAUUACUGCAAGCAGCGGGCCACUUCUUAUUCAAUUAUCAUGCCGAUACCUCCGGAAUGAAUAUGCUCCUACGGAAAAUAUAUUCGAGUGCCCAUGCCGUGCUCAUUGUCGUCCACUACAUCUGCAUGGGCAUCAACAUGGCACAAUACAAGGACGAAGUCAACGAGCUCACGGCAAAUACCAUUACGGUCCUGUUUUUCGCUCACAGCAUCAUUAAGUUGGCAUUCUUUGCGUUCAACUCUAAAAGUUUUUACAGAACCCUCGCAGUGUGGAAUCAGUCCAACAGCCAUCCGUUGUUCACAGAAUCAGAUGCCCGUUACCAUCAGAUCUCUUUAAGCAAAAUGCGAAGGCUUCUUUAUUUCAUCUGUGGCAUGACCGUUUUUUCAGUAAUCAGCUGGGUCACUUUAACGUUCUUCGGUGAAUCUGUCCGUAUGAUAGCCAGUAAAGAGACAAAUGAAACUUUGACGGAGCCUGCGCCUCGAUUACCCCUCAAGGCGUGGUAUCCAUUUAAGACAAUGAGUGGCGGCGGCUACGUUUUCGCUUUCAUUUACCAGAUUUAUUUCCUGCUUUUCUCAAUGGCAUUGGCGAAUUUGCUGGAUGUCAUUUUCUGUUCGUGGUUGAUAUUUGCCUGUGAACAGCUGCAGCACUUGAAGGCAAUUAUGAAGCCGUUGAUGGAACUAAGCGCUGCUUUGGACACCUACCGUCCCAAUACGGCUGAGUUGUUCCGAGUUUCAUCUACUGAUAAGACCGAGAAAGUACCAGAUGCAGUAGAUAUGGAUAUCCGCGGAAUCUAUUCCACUCAGCAAGACUUCGGAAUGACUCUACGGGGUGCUGGAGGGAAGCUACAGAACUUUAAUGCGGAGAACAAUCCUAACGGUUUGACAGCAAAACAGGAGAUGCUGGCUAGAUCAGCUAUAAAAUAUUGGGUUGAACGUCAUAAGCACGUUGUUAGGCUGGUUGCUUCAAUUGGAGAUACAUAUGGAACGGCUCUGCUAUUUCAUAUGUUAGUAUCGACCAUCACUCUUACUUUACUGGCGUACCAGGCGACUAAGAUAAACGGUAUAAACGUGUAUGCAUUCAGCACGAUCGGAUAUCUUGUUUAUACUCUUGGACAAGUGUUCCAUUUCUGCAUUUUCGGUAACAGACUUAUUGAGGAGAGCUCAUCGGUUAUGGAGGCCGCCUACUCGUGUCAGUGGUACGACGGUUCCGAGGAGGCGAAGACGUUCGUGCAGAUCGUCUGCCAACAAUGCCAGAAGGCGAUGACGAUCUCUGGAGCGAAAUUCUUCAAUGUUUCACUGGAUUUGUUCGCUUCGGUGCUGGGCGCUGUUGUCACGUACUUCAUGGUGUUGAUCCAACUGAAGUAGACGUAGUCCUUAAUUUCUAUUGCUAAUCACGAAUUCAUAUUUCAAUUCCCACUUAUAUCGUAACUACCCACUAAUUUAGAAACUUUAAUCGAAGUUGUAGCGUGGGCGGUAUUUUGCUAAUCUCGAUCAAAAACUGGGGGCGUAUCGUUAUUCGCUGUCUUCAUAUUUACUAUGAGAGAUUACGAUGGUGCCCCUGAAUUUUUAAGGUUUGAUUAUAAGGUUAUUAUUUAAUUAAUCAUAUUCCACAAACAAUCAAUUAAAUCUUUAAAAUUUUUAAAAUAUCCUUUUGUACUCAAUUUGAUGUCGCAAUUAUAAAAGUUUAAUUUUCUGUUAUGUUUUUUUUUUAAUAAGCACACAAUACUAUUUAAAAUUUGACACACGUAUUUUCCAUUUUCUUCUCUCUUCAAUAUUUUUUGUGCUUAUGUAAUUUCAUUAUAAGGAUUCAGGCAAUAUGUUUCGUUCGUGUUGUGAUUUGACAGCGCCUAAAGUGAAACGCGGCUGCGGAGAAAUUGGGAGAAUAGCUUUUAAUAAAACAUGCAAGCCAUUCUGAGAGAUAAUUGAAAAUACGUACGUAUAAAAUUUAAAAGGUUCUAACCUGGACCGAUCUUGCCUUAGUUUUUUCAAUUUACUAAUUGAGAGGCAUAGUUUAUAUUGAUUGGAUCGCAAUUCAUUUGACGAACCAAAGCUCUAUGUUAAGCUGUCGGGCUCGCUGUAUUUUCCAAUCCCAAGCAUAGCUUACAUUUACUAACAUUUUACUAAUAAGCUUGCUACUAACGACUUUAUGGAAGCUCUAUGUUCUGAAAAAAAUAAAUCUAUUUGAAUUUGUU